AUGGACGGGCCGUACGCGGAGGCCGUGGGCGACGCGUUGAGGGUCGGUGGAAGGGUGUUUCGGGAGCAGCUGAGUCAGGCGGCGGACGUGUACGCGUCCGCGCCGCAGCAGCUGCUGCUGGUCGCACACUGCGCCGCGUGCGCGGUGAUUUUCGCCUCCCUGAAGCGGCAGUGGCUGCUGUGCUACUGGAUCGGAUUCUUCGGCGCGUUCGGCGGAGGGCACCUUUCGGCGCUGCUUCUGUCCUCGAUCAGCACCAAGGUGGUUCCGCUGGCGCUCUUCGCCAGCAACCAGCUGUUCGUCACAUGGACGCUGACGUGGCUUCUCGUCACGUACACACCCCUGUACUCCAUCGUCUCCAAGCCUACAGUAAAAACCCUCGCGAUGGCGGGCCUGCACAUGCUGCGCGUCGGCACGAUCAUCACGCGCGUCGACAUCGCCGCUGCGGAGUUCCCGGGCGUCAUCGCGGCCCCAGUGGUGAUCGGAACCCUCGGGGGUUGCGGGGGAAAGAUCUUCACCGAUUUCCUGCUCCUCGUCUUCACAGGCCGGCUCGAGGGGCUGCCGGAGCUGUGCUGCCCCGGCGUGGCGUUCCACUCGGCGAGCGCGAUCACGCUCAUGCACUACCUCGGGGUGCACGUCACAGCGUUCCUCGACAGCGCGCAGAGCAAGGCGCUGAUCACCACCGUCGUCGUCGCGCACAUCCUCGCGGAGGCGAGCCUCGGCAUCAAGACGCACUGGACGGCGCCGAUGACGGCGGCGUUCUACGCGCUGAUGCCGUUCGAGCGGAAUGUGCAGCCAAAGGGGGCGCACGCGUCGUCGCCGGUGAUGGCGCGACUGAACUCCAGGACGCCGCGGGUCGCGACGCCGCGGCGGGGCAGCGCCGCGAACGGGAGCGUGGCGCCCAUGCGGCGGCUGUCGACGAAGGAGGAGGAGCCAGGCAGGGGGAAGAAAACCAAUUGA